AUGAAUGGUUUAGGAAGGCUAGAACAUCCUUCAGGUGCAGUUUAUGAAGGUGAGUUCAAGAACAAUAUGCUACAUGGAACAGGAACUUAUAUAUUUUCUAAUGGAUCCAAGUAUACUGGACAGUUCAAUGAAAACAAGCUGGAAGGGAAAGGAGAAUUUACAGACACACAAGGACUGGAAUGGGAUGGCACCUUUCACUAUACAGCAGCACCAGGGUUGAAGCUAAAGUUAGAAAUGUAGAAUAGUUUGAACUGGUAGAGUAAAAUAAAAUUUCUGUUAGAGUUUUCAGGCAAAUAGUUUUAUUUGUAGUUUAAUGGAAGUUAACUACUGUU